GGGGUGAACUAAACAAGGCCUAUGUUAAAAAAAAAAACUCGUGCGUUCUGUCGCCCCCUCACGUUCUCCGACGACUGGUGCCGCGGCCAUGUGCUGAGGCCCUAGAUGGUCUCUUCGCCGGCGACGAGCACCCACCAGGUGUACACCCAUGUCCCUUUACUCGAUCCGCCCCUGCAAGCGGAGCAGCGAACAGGGAGAGGGAGGCGCAGUAGCAGCGGCGGCGGCGGCUGGCAGAAGCGGAAGAAGAAGGAGGUCUUCAUCUACGGCAACUACAAGAACUACUACGGCUACCGGAUUGACCGUAAUGUUGGUGAAGAUCCUCGCCUCGAGGCGUUCAAGAAACAGUGGUUUGAAAACAAGGAUUGUCUCGAUAUUGGAUGCAACCAGGGUUUGGUAACGAUUGGCUUAGCCAUGAAAUUUAAUUGUCGAAGUAUUCUUGGAGUUGAUAUUGAUUCAGGUUUGAUCGAGACUGCUAAGUGGAACCUACGAAGGAUAAUGCGGCAGGAUAAGGUGGCUACAAAAAACGUGAAAGCUCAGGAAUUGUCAGAUUCUCCUUCUCAGAGCUCUCCAGGAGAAGUGGCAUCUGAGUUAUCAAAUGGGAAUAGGCACCAAGAUCUUUUUAAAAUUGUCUCUUUUCGACGGGAAAAUUUUGUAGACAGUAUGGAUGGAUGUUCAGAACAGUAUGAAACCAUACUCUGUUUGAGUGUGACAAAAUGGAUCCACCUGAACUGGGGUGAUGAUGGCCUAGUUACUUUGUUUGUGAAGAUCUGGAGGCUUCUUAGACCGGGAGGUGUUUUUAUCAUGGAGCCUCAACCAUGGAGUUCAUAUAAGAAUAACAGAUUAGUUUCAGAGCUUGCCAAAGAGAACUUCAACACCAUCUGUAUAUACCCAGAGACAUUUCGGGAGAUUCUUCUAGACAAGAUUGGAUUUAGGUCGGUAGAGUUGAUUGCAGACAGAUUGGUGGGUACCGUCAGUGGUUUCAACCGCCCAAUAGAAGUUUACCACAAAUGAUGAUACUGGGUCAAGGAUUGUCACAUCCCUGCCCAAGUGCAUACUCCCUGACCAAAUGGAUUAUGUUGAGCUUUGAAAUGCUCGCUGACUGACUGGGUACAACAAUGAAGGCCUUGCAUUUGCAAAGGAGAGUAUCAGAUGUCAAAGAUCAAGAUGGAAGAGUGGUGGUAGGAUGUUGUGUUCUCUAGAUGGAAGUGUUGGGAAUUUUGACAAAUGGUUUUGUUCUUGUAUAAAAAUGGAUAAUGGACACCACCGUACCCUGAAAGGGAAAAGGAGGCUUUCAUGAAUAUCAAUUUUGCCUGCUAUGAACA